CUCUGCCGAGCAGUGUGCUUCCGCGGGCUCCGGGGUCGCUGGGGCCUCGUGGCGGGGCGGCUCCACGGGGCUUGGCCCACUGCCUCCCCUCCCCCGUGCUCUCUCGCGGCGCCGGCGGGGCCUGCGCUUCAGCCGGAGAGUCGGAAAAAGGGUGAGUAACGAAUGUCAUCAUGUCUGGAAUCAAGCGAACAGUCAAAGAAACUGACCCUGAUUAUGAGGAUGUAUCUGUGGCCCUUCCAAAUAAGCGGCAUAAAGCAAUUGAGAAUUCAGCUCGAGAUGCUGCUGUGCAGAAGAUUGAGACUAUUAUCAAGGAACAAUUUGCACUUGAAAUGAAGAAUAAGGAACAUGAAAUUGAGGUCAUUGACCAGCGACUAAUUGAGGCAAGAAGGAUGAUGGAUAAACUUCGUGCCUGCAUUGUCGCAAACUACUAUGCUUCUGCAGGACUUCUGAAAGUUUCUGAGGGAUCAAAGACAUGUGAUACAAUGGUUUUUAAUCAUCCUGCUGUCAAGAAAUUUUUGGAAUCACCAUCUAGGUCAUCAUCUCCUGCCAAUCAGAGAUCAGAAACACCAUCAGCCAAUCAUUCAGAAAGUGAUUCUUUAUCUCAACACAAUGACUUCUUAUCUGACAAAGACACUAACAGCAAUGUGGACGUAGAGGAAAGACUCUCAAGCAACACAGAGCAGAGACCAAGCCGAAAUACUGGAAGGGACACUUCUAGUAUUACUGGCUCCCAUAAAACAGAGCAGCGGAAUACUGAUCUUACAGGAGAUGAGACUUCACGACUUUUUGUAAAGAAAACAAUAGUAGUGGGCAAUGUGUCCAAGUACAUACCUCCUGAUAAGAGAGAAGAAAACGACCAAUCAACCCACAAGUGGAUGGUAUAUGUCCGAGGGUCCCGUAGAGAACCCAGCAUUAAUCAUUUUGUCAAGAAAGUUUGGUUCUUUCUUCAUCCCAGCUAUAAACCAAAUGACCUUGUGGAAGUUAGAGAGCCUCCUUUUCACUUGACCAGAAGAGGCUGGGGUGAGUUUCCUGUCAGAGUUCAAGUACACUUUAAGGACAGCCAGAACAAGCGGAUAGAUAUCAUACAUAAUCUGAAGCUGGACAGAACUUAUACUGGCUUGCAGACUCUUGGAGCAGAGACGGUAGUGGAUGUUGAGCUCCAUCGGCAUUCUCUUGGAGAAGACUCUGUUUAUCCUCAGUCCUCCGAGUCAGACAUCUCAGAUGCCCCGCCAUCCUUGCCUUUGACCAUUCCAGCUCCUGUGAAAGCGUCCUCACCAGUAAAGCAGUCACAUGAGCCAGUACCUGAUACCUCUGUGGAGAAAGGAUUCCCAGCCAACACUGAAGCUGAGAGACACACUACAUUUUAUUCUUUGCCAUCUCCAUUGGAACGAACACCCACCAAAAUGACAACAUCCCAGAAAGUCACCUUUUGUUCUCAUGGCAAUUCAGCUUUUCAGCCAAUAGCAUCAAGUUGCAAAAUUGUGCCACAAAGUCAGGUUCCUAAUCCGGAGUCACCUGGAAAAUCCUUCCAGCCUAUCACCAUGAGCUGCAAGAUUGUCUCAGGUUCCCCUAUAUCAACCCCAAGUCCAUCGCCAUUGCCUCGAACCCCAACUUCCACUCCAGUCCAUGUGAAGCAAGGCACUGCCAGUUCUGUUAUUAAUAAUCCUUAUGUUAUCGUGGACAAGCCGGGGCAGGUUAUUGGAGCCACCACUCCUACUGCAGGAAGUCCUACCAGCAAGCUCUCUACUGCCUCUCAGGCCUCCCAAGGAACAGGUUCCCCGAUUCCUAAAAUUCAUGGAAGUAGUUUUGUAACAUCUGCUGUCAAGCAGGAGGAUUCUUUGUUCGCAUCUAUGCCACCUCUUUGCCCAAUUGGGAGUCACCCUAAGGUUCAAAGCCCCAAACCUAUAACUGGAGGACUUGGAGCUUUCACAAAAGUAAUCAUCAAACAGGAACCUGGAGAAGCCUCUCAUGUACCAACAACAGGAGCUGCCAGCCAGUCACCACUCCCUCAGUAUGUGACUGUGAAAGGGGGUCACAUGAUAGCUGUGUCCCCUCAAAAACAAGUCCUAACUGCUGGAGAAGGGACUGCCCAGUCACCAAAGAUUCAGCCCUCUAAGGUUGUUGGGGUUCCAGUUGGGUCUACCCUACCUUCGGCAGUGAAGCAGGCAGUGGCAAUCGGUGGUGGCCAGAUCCUCGUAGCCAAGGCCAGCUCGUCUGUCGCCAAAGCAGUUGGUCCAAAGCAAGUUGUGACCCAAGGAGUUGCCAAGGCAAUUGUGAGUGGAGGUGGAGGAACCAUUGUCGCUCAGCCAAUGCAAGCCUUAACCAAGGCUCAGGUCACUGCUGCUGGCCCUCAGAAGAGUGGAUCCCAGGGUUCAGUAAUGGCGACAUUGCAGCUGCCAGCCACUAAUUUGGCCAACUUGGCAAAUUUGCCUCCUGGCACUAAACUCUACCUUACAACGAAUAGCAAGAACCCUUCAGGAAAAGGAAAACUGCUGCUGAUCCCUCAAGGAGCCAUCCUGCGGGCUACCAACAAUUCUAACCUCCAGUCUGGCUCAGCUGCCAGUAGCGGUGGUGGCAGCAGUGGCAGUGGAGGAGGAGCCGGAGGAGCCCAAAGCCCUGCCGGCCCUGGAGGGAUAUCCCAGCACCUGACGUACACAUCUUACAUCCUCAAGCAAACCCCUCAGGGCACGUUUUUAGUUGGCCAGCCAUCACCCCAGACAUCUGGAAAACAGCUGACUACGGGGUCAGUGGUGCAAGGAACACUGGGAGUCAGCACAUCCUCUGCACAAGGACAGCAAACGUUAAAAGUCAUCUCUGGACAAAAAACCACUUUGUUUACCCAGGCGGCCCCGGGGGCACAGGCGUCUCUAAUGAAAAUAUCUGAUAGCACAUUGAAGUCUGUGCCAGCCACCUCACAACUCUCAAAGCCUGGAACCACAAUGCUGAGGGUAGCAGGAGGAGUUAUUACAACUGCCAGUUCCCCAGCUGUAGCUCUCUCAGCAAAUGGUCCUGCGCAACAGUCAGAAGGAACAGCUCCCAGUUCAUCGUCUACUAUGACUUCUGUAAUGAAAACUUCUGGGCAGCAGCAAGUGUGUGUGAGCCCAGCCACCAUGGGACCCUGCAAGGCUGCUGCCUCCUCUGUCAUCAGUGCUACAUCCCUGGUGUCCACACCAAACCCCAUCUCUGGAAAGGCCACAGUAUCAGGAUUGUUAAAGAUUCAUUCCAGUCAGUCCAAUCCCCAGCAGGCUGUCCUGACAAUCCCCAGCCAGCUCAAACCACUCAGUGUAAACACAUCUGGAGGUGUGCAGACUAUACUGAUGCCUGUGAAUAAAGUGGUUCAGUCAUUUCCUACCAACAAAUCGCCUGCCAUUCUGCCUGUAGCUGCCCCAACUCCAGUUGUCCCCAGCUCUGCUCCAGCAACUGUUACAAAAGUGAAGACUGAACCAGAAACACCUGUGCCAAGCUGCCCCUCUCAGGAUGGUCACACAGCAGUGAAAACAGAAGAAAGUUCUGAGCUGGGAAACUAUGUCAUUAAGAUAGACCAUUUAGAGACUAUCCAGCAACUCUUAACAGCAGUAGUAAAGAAGAUCCCUUUAAUCACUGCAAAAAGUGAAGAUGCCAGCUGUUUUUCUGCAAAAUCUGUGGAGCAGUAUUAUGGCUGGAACAUUGGGAAAAGGAGAGCUGCUGAGUGGCAAAGAGCGAUGACAAUGCGAAAAGUCUUACAAGAAAUACUGGAAAAGAAUCCAAGAUUUCAUCACCUGACUCCGCUUAAAACCAAGCACAUUGCUCACUGGUGUCGCUGCCAUGGCUACACCCCACCUGACCCCGAAAGCCUGAGGAGCGACGGGGACUCGAUUGAGGAUGUGCUGACCCAGAUUGACAGCGAGCCAGAGUGCCCGUCAUCAUUCUCCUCUGCUGACAACCUCUGCCGGAAACUGGAGGACCUGCAGCAGUUUCAGAAAAGAGAGCCGGAGAAUGAGGAGGAGGUGGACAUCCUCAACCUCUCAGAGCCGUUAAAGAUAAACAUCAAAAAAGAACAGGACGAGAAACAGGAAGAAAUGAAAUUCUACCUGCCACCAACACCAGGCUCUGAAUUUAUUGGUGACAUCACACAGAAGAUUGGGAUCACCCUGCAGCCUGUGGCGCUGCAUAGGAAUGUGUAUGCGUCGGUGGUGGAAGAUAUGAUUUUGAAGGCUACAGAGCAGCUGGUCAGUGACAUCCUGAGACAGGCUUUGGCGGUUGGAUAUCAGGCAGCAUCUCACAACAGGAUUCCCAAAGAAAUUACAGUAAGUAAUAUUCACCAGGCCAUUUGCAACACUCCUUUUCUGGACUUCCUCACAAACAAACACAUGGGGAUAUUGAAUGAAGAUCAGUGA